AUGAGCGUCGGCGUCGGCGUCGCCAAGGCGGGCGCGCUUGCUAUCAUCAAUGCCACGCCGUUCGACUGGAAGAGGAUAUACACGCAUGACUACCAGAUGGGAUCGUGGGACUUGCCCGAGGAGAUCAAGUCAGGCGAUCUAGCGGGCGUUGAAAUCGACUUCAGCAUUCUGGGCCACAGAGAGGACUCUGCGGGUGAAGCUACAUACAGCUUCAAGUCGGACACUGGCCAUGAAUCAGAAUUGCAGUUCCAGGCGCGGUACGACGAUGGACCUCAGAUGUUCGUGGAGUUGACCAAUGCUUCGACCUUUGGCAACCCGCCAUCAGAUCCUCCCAUUGAUAUGGUGUAUUCGUCGGACACCACGAAUCCAUUCAUCUACUCGGGAGACCUUCGGGCGUCUUUCGCCUCGACGCAUACACCAUUCAAUUGGCAAGCACAAAAUCUACCGUCGAUCGGGUGCCAACCUCUGACACGACUAUGCCUACCUGCCUCCCAUAACGCAGGCAUGUCGGUGCUAGGAACGCACACAGCCCUCGCGAAUGAAGCGAACACUCUGUGCCACAGCACAGACAUAUUCGGCCAGCUAGAGGCCGGCAUUCGGUACUUCGACAUCAGGCCUGCAAUCUCAGACGGCGAGUUCGUUACAGGACACUACUCUGCCCUCUCGGCGGAUAGCAAGCUCCCAAUAGACCUACCUGGCUUCCUCGACCCAAUCGACGACGCAUUGAACUCCUUCCAGGGCGGUAACGGUCUUUCCAUUUCAGACGUGAUCAAGCAAGUCAACGCCUUCACCGCCAAGAACAGUGAGCUCAUCAUCCUCUCGGUCUCUCACACCCUCAACACCGACGACAAAUACCAGCGCUUCACCCAAGACCAACUCAACGACCUACUCAAGCAGUUCGGCGACUUGAAACACCUCUGGCACGCUCCUGACAAUGUCGCCGAUCUAACCACGCUCACUCUCAACGACUUCAUCAAGAAGGGCCCCGCAGUUCUCGUCGUCCUCGACAAUGCCGCAACCGGCGAGUCAAUGGCCUGUCCAGACGACCUGCACCGUAAGGGCUUCUACACCAACGACGACUUCCCAAUCCUCAACCAAUUCACCGACACAGGAAAGAUCAACGACAUGAGCGCGGACCAAGUCAAGAAGAUGAGCGACUUCCAGGCUGGAAAGUCGUCCAAGAACAAAGGGCUUUUCGCUGCGAGUUGGACGCUCACGCCGGAUGCAUUGGGCGACAUCAGGAAGCAGAGCGAGGAGGCGCACAGCAGGUUGGUUGGUGAUCUGUGGCCGGUGGUUUCGGAGAAAGGUAAGGGAAAGGAAGGCGUGUAUCCGAAUCUGGUUAUGGUUGAUGGGGUUGGGUCGGGGAGAGGCAGUGCUAUUAAGCAAGGAAAUCUGGCGGCGUUCUGUAUGGCAGUCAAUGCUUGGGUCAAUAAGGAUUGCAGGUUGAAGAAAUAG